AUGAUUAUUUUAGGGAUCACAGGGACAUUAUGCUCUGGUAAGCGAACUGCGGCUGAAUAUCUUCAAAUGUGCUAUGGAUUUAAGCUACUGGACUUAGAAAGCGACAGAUGGGAUAAGCUGGCAAAUCAUUCAAGUAAUUUUCAAUUAGAGGAUGAUUAUGACAGUGAAGAAAUCUAUAGAGAAGCUAACGCGAAAUUUGCCUUGAAGACUACAGAUGAAAAUAUAGCUGUGAAUUAUGUGGUGUAUCCGAUAACUCUUCCAGAAGAAUUAAAUAUCUUCCGCGCAAAAACGAAUUUUAUCUUGCUAGGAAUCGAUGCACCUGCAUUAAAACGAUUUGGAUUUUACAAUGUAAAAUACAUUAAAAGAAAAUCUCCGUUAGCUGCAUUUUUAGAAGUUGAUGAUAAAGUAAUAACUAUAUAGAUCAGCUAUGGACUCAAUGGAUACCCAGCUUACGUUUAUGAAUGCUUAUACUCAGCUGAUAAAAUCAUUCUAAAUAGGGGCGACAAAGACGAGUUAUAUAAUGAAAUUCGAGCGCUAGACAUAUUGAACCCUGAACACCUCAGGCCAUCCUGGGACACUUAUUUCAUGAGACUAGCCGAAAUGGCGGCCACCCGAACGAACUGUAUGAAAGGAGGCACAGGCGCGAUAAUAGUCAAAGAAAACAGAAUUAUUUCAACUGGAUAUAAUGGGACACCAACUGGAAUCCCCAACUGCUACGAAGGAGGAUGCGAAAAAUGCAAUUCAGAUAUAGAAACUCCUGAAAACCAAGAAGACUGCAUGUGCGCGCAUUCUGAGCUAAAUGCUGUACUGCUAGCAGGGAAUGGAUCAUGCAAAGGUGCAACUAUUUAUUCUACUGUUUUCCCAUGCCUGCUGUGCACAAAAGCUAUAAUUCAGUCAGGCAUCACAAGGCUGGUAUAUGGAGAAGAGAUGGCGAAUUUUGAAUUAAGCCAACAGUUCUGUGCACAUGUAGGAAUUGACGUGGAAAAGCAUUCACCUGUGGUUCCAGCCCCUAUUAGUAGUGCCCAAAUGGGUAAUGGGUCUCAGAUGUUUUAA